CUCUGGCUGGCCGUCGCGGUGCCGCUGGCCGCCGUCGUGCUGGGCGCGAGCUGGGGCGCGCUGGCCCGCAGCCGGGCCGAGCAACGCCGGCGCGAGGCCGUGGCGCGCGAGCGCCAGAACCUCUCGCGCUACUUCUCGCCGGCGGUCGCCGAGCGGCUGGCGGCCCAGAGCGCGCCCUACGACCUGACCGCCAGCCAGCCGGCCAGCGUGCUCUUCGUCGACAUCCUGGGCUUCACGCGCCUUUGCGAGCGCCUGCCGAGCGACCAGGCCAUCGCGCUGCUGCGCGGCUUCCAUGCCCGGGUCGAGCGGGCGGUCUUCGCCCAGGGCGGCACGCUCGACAAGUACCUCGGCGACGGCGCGCUGGCCGUCUUCGGCGUGCCCGACCCGCAGCCGGACGAGGCGGCCCGCGCGCUGGCCGCCGCCGUGGCGCUGCAGACCAGCGUCGCCGCCUGGGCGCAGGAGCUGGCCGCGGCCGGCCAGCCGCCCCUGGAGAUCGCCGUCGGCCUCCACCACGGACCGGUCAUCGUCGGCGACAUCGGGGGCGAGAGCCGCUUCGAGUUCACCGUGCUGGGCGACACGGUCAACGUCGCCAGCCGGCUGGAGGGGCUGACCCGCCAGCUCGGCGCCGGCAUCGUCGCCUCGGAGGCGGCGAUCGAGCGGGCCGGCGCGACCGGCGGCAUCCCGCUGGGCUUCUACCGUCACGGCGAGGUCGCGCUGCGCGGCCGCGACGCCCCGCUGGCGGUCUGGGCCUGGCGGCUGUCCGAGGCCGCCCGCGGGAACGGCAGGGCCAGGGGGCCCGUUGGUCGGGGUGAGAUGGCGGCAAGCCGCCGCCGCGAAAGGAGGAGACUGAUGAAACGCAGCCUGAUCCUGACCACCGCCCUGGCCACCAUGACCGCCGUCGGCGGCACCGCGCUCGCCGGCGAGGCACGCCAGGGCAUGUCGACCACCUCCGACGAGCCGAUGGUGGAUCGCGAAGACGUGCGUCAAUCCAACCACGAGACGGAGGCCAAGUUCGAAGGCCAGGACAAGAUGGGCAAGACCUCGCCGCAUCCGGUCUUCGUGUUCAGCGACCAAGAGCGCCGCCAGGCGGAGCAGGACGGCCAGACCAAUGUGGUCGUGCGCGAGUUCGAGCCGGAGAGCGUGCGCCAGAUGGUGACCUUCAACUUCGAUUCCGCGCAGCUCACGGCCAAGGCGCAGCAGAAGAUCGACCGCUUCGCCGACCUGGUACAGGAGGCCGAGCUGCAGAACGUCGAGGUCUACGGCCACACCGACACGGUCGACACCGACGCCUACAACGCCGAGCUGUCCGAGGAUCGCGCCGAGGCCGUCGCGGCGGCCCUCAAGGCGCACGGCGUCGAGACCGACAAGAUCGGCCAGGCCUGGUUCGGCGAGACCGAGCCGCUGGUCGAGACCGGCGAGGGCGAGCGUAACCGCCUCAACCGCCGCGUCGUCCUGGUGGCCGGCGACCCGGUCUAA